AUGAAUUAUUCUCUGCUGGGGUUGGCCAUCGGCCUGUGUUUUGCCAUCUCAAACAUCCCAACGGCAGCUGCAGAUCUCACCACGACCAUCGACGCCAAGUCGAACCUCGGAACGUGGGAGGGAUGGGGCACCUCGCUCGCAUGGUGGGCUCAAGCCUUUGGCACGCGAGACGACCUGGCCGACAUCUUCUUCACCACCAAGACGCAGACUUUCAGAGGCAAGACCGUGCCGGGGCUGGGACUGAACAUUGUGCGCUACAACGCGGGGGCGUGCAGCACCAACAGCUACAACGGCUCCAAGAUGGCCGUGUCGCCCAAGAUGAUGCGGUCGCGGGAGAUGGAGGGCUUCUGGCAUGACUGGGCUAGCACCAACCCGUCGUCAAGCAGCUGGAACUGGAACGUCGACUCGGCGCAGCGCAACAUGCUGUGGAAGGCGCGCGACCGGGGCGCCGACGUGUUCGAGCUCUUCUCCAACUCGCCCAUGUGGUGGAUGCUGAAGAACAAGAACCCGGCGGGCUCCGACGACGGCGGCAGCGACAACCUGCAGUCGUGGAACUACAAGGACCACGCCCUCUACCUGGCCACCGUUGCCAAGUACGCCGCCGACAACUGGGGCUUCAAGUUCCAGGCCGUCGACCCGUUCAACGAGCCGUCGGCGACGUGGUGGAGCGGCAAGACGGGCACGCAGGAGGGCUGCCACUUCGACGUCGCCACGCAGGCCACCGUCAUCGGCAACAUGCGCGCCGAGCUCGACAGCCGCGGCCUCGCGGCGACCAUCAUCUCGGCGUCGGACGAGAGCUACUACGACCAGGCGGUAACCACACUCCAGGAGCUCGGCCCGGCCGCACUGUCCAGGGUAUCCCGCAUCAACGUGCACGGCUACCAGUACGAUAAGGGCGCGCGCGACAAGGUGCGCAGCCUGGCGACGGCGGCGGGCAAGAAGCUGUGGAACAGCGAGUACGGCGAGGGCGACGCGACGGGCCAGCGGCUGGCCAGCAACCUGCUGCUCGACUUCCGGUGGCUCCGGCCGACGGCGUGGGUGUACUGGCAGGUGCUGGACGGCGGCGGUUGGGGGCUGGUCGACGCCGACAACGAUGCCAAGACGGUUGCUGCCGUCAACCAGAAGUACUUUGUGCUGGCGCAGUUCACGCGCCACAUCCGCCCCGGCAUGCGCGUGCUCGACGCCGGCAGCGACUACGCCGUCGCCGCCUACGACGCGGCUGCCCGCACGCUUGUAGUUGCUGCUGUCAACUGGGGCGACGCACAGUACCUCAACUUUGACCUCUCGCGCUUUGGUACCCCCGGUGUGGAUGGCGCCCUCGUCAAGCGCUGGACGACCAAGAUCGGCUCCGGCGGCAGCCUGUAUGCUGCGGCCAGCGACACGUAUAUCAGCGGGAAGAAGUUCUGGUCCAAGUUUGAGAAGAACUCGGUCCAGACGUUUGAGAUUGCCGGCGUGGUGUUGUGA